AUGGACGACGCUGCUCUCCUGCCUGCAACGGCCCUGGCUGUCGUCCCUGGUUUCAACGUGCCGGAACUGAGGGGCCUCACGCUCGUUCUGGACUUUGAAACGAUGGCGGCCAUCUACUUAGGGCAAAUCACUAUGUGGAACGACGAUCGCAUCAAGGCCCUCAACUCGAUUGAGGUAGUUGCAGGGCUUCCCGUCCAACCCAUCAUCGUGAUCACACAAUCGAUCAGCUCUUCCGUCACACAAGCCUUCACGACAGCACUCAACCUCACAGUGCCAGAGUUCUCUGCUCAGGUGGGUGCCGGCACCCUGGUGAGCUAUCCGGUGCAGGCCGACGUAAAUCGCUCAAUCGUAACGGGCGCAGUGGACGGGAUCAUGUCCAACUUGCGAGACGUUCGCUAUUCGUUUACGACCUGGCUGGCCUACGAAAUCCUGCUGAGCCGAACGCUGGGCGUGGUAUCGCUGAAGAAGUCAGAUGGAACUGUGGUGCACCCGACUGUGGACUCGGUCAAAGUCGCGCUCAACGAUUACUUGAGCUCCGGUUCGGGCCUCGCCUAUGAUCUGAUGCUCCUCGGUACGACGAAGCACGAGCUCUCUUUUGCUCGCCUGGCUGCGGCUCACACUCAUCGCCAUCAUCGUCAUCAGGUAAAAGCGCAGAUGCCUGGCCGAUCGCCACGUUUGCGUCGUUCAUCUACAGGCAGCGCACGAUGA